UGUAAGUCGAGGACUCCCUGUAUUUUCCCAAAUGUAACCUUGCAUUUUUGUCUCUGGGAGGCCAGGCUGCCUUUGGGGGGAGCGAAGGGCCUGAGUGGGGCCUCGGAAGGGCCUAAGAAUUGUCUUCCAUGCUUUCCAGUCUGUGACGAACAUUCGGACUACAAGGACGCUAAGCUCCUCUAUCGCUUCCGCAAGGAUGAUGGGACCUUCCCACUCAACAAGGAAGUCAAGGUGUUCCUGAGAGGACAGAGCCUCUACGAGACGCUGAUCGGCAUGGACAACUCCAUUCUCAAAGCCAGAGAAGAGAACCUGGUUAAAUUCCAGAGGAGCUUUUUGGGGUGUGAGAUGGUUGACUGGCUGGUGGAGGAAGGGGAGGUCGCCAACCGGAAGGAAGCGACGGAGCUCUGCCAAACCCUCCUGGAACACGGGAUCAUCCAGCAAGUCUCCGCUCAGUGCCAUUUUUACGACCGGGAUCUCCUCUACCAGUUUCGUAUCAAUUUCCGCCGAAGGAGGAGACUCACGGAGCUGCUGAGUGAAACCCUGCACAGAUCUCUUUCGGACAGCCCUGACAGCCCCUUCUGUCUCCGCAAGCUGAACCCCGAGCUGAGCCCCUCCAGUUUCUUGUCAGGGCCAAACCGCCUGAAGCUGACAGUCCUUUCAGAAGACAGAUUACAAAUGAAGUGGAAGGAAAGCGAAGGAAACACCAGCGGGUACAAAGUUCGUGUAAAGCCAAUGGCAGGUGACUCUGAGCAGGAAGUGAUGUUGAAAACCAAGAUGGCAAAAGCAACUGUGGGGGGGCUGAGUCCCACCAAGGAAUACACUCUGCAGAUCUACAUCCUCAAUGGCUCCCAGGAGGCCCUCUUGGUCAAGAGGAAAUUUGUGAGAUUGGCGCUUACUCAUGUCCUGGAACACAAUCUAAAGGAGGAAGCGGGUGCGAGACCUGAAGCUUCUAAACUGCUCAUCCUUUUGACCGAUGGCAAGUCUCAGGAUGAUGCCAGCCCACCUGCCCAGACCUUGAAGAAUAUGGGAAUCAAGAUAUUCGCUGUGGGGGUGAAAAAUGCCGACGAAACGGAGCUGCGCCAAGUGGCCUCCGAACCCCUCGAGAUGACCGUCUACAAUGUGGUGGAUUUCCCUCUGCUCCGUUCUCUGGUCAGCCGCCUGACGUGGCUCUUAUGCGCUUGGAUCAAGGAGAAGGACCAGAAGGAGAUAGUACCGUUGUCUGCGCCCCAAUCCCUCAGAACAUCGGAGAUCAGCCACAACAGUAUCAAGCUCAUGUGGGAACCAGUUGAAGGAGCCACACAAUAUCUUAUCCUGUCUUCCUCAACACCCAAUGGCGCCGAAGAUGAUACAAAAGAGACGGAAUACCUGGUUUCAGUCUUCCCCGUUUAUGAGAACGCUGUGGGAGAUGGUCUCAGAGGCAUCAGUUCAACACGUAAGUCCUGGGGUCCCCAGUGCCUUUACCGUAUCAAGUGA